AUGGUCUCCAUCGCCACCCACAACAAAGAAAACACCUCCUUCUCCCUCACCGACGUCGACGCCAUCACCCUCUCCCUCCGCUCAUCCCUCUCUGGCGUCUCUGUCCGUCCCAAGAAACACCACCUCCAGGGGACUAUCGGUAUCGGCCGCGCCCCCAAGCACUCUUCUUACCCCAGGCGGUAUGUGAGCUCGACCAAGCCUUAUGCGCGGGGCCGCAAUACCUCCGUCACACGCGCCAAGUUGGCUUCUGCUUCUUCUUCUUCGACCUCUUCUUCGGGCAAGGUGCAGCGUCGAGUCAAGGCAAAGCCCAAGGAGCGACCGCCUCCCCUCAAGUUGGACGACGCGGCCUACGACCUCAAAGUCAUGCAGGAGCGUGUCAAGAAGGCGCGAUACGACCCUGCGAACGGGGACGUUGGGCAGGUGAGGAUGCCUCUCAAGUUGCCGUUCCCCCAGAUCCCGCCUAUCGAGCAUGUCGACCAAGAAGGACUUCGCGAUGUUCCGGUAGAUUAUAUCCUGAACAAACUCCUCCCUCUCCUGCCUUCCAUCUCCACCAUCACUCUCGCCUACAAGCCCUACCCACAAAUCCCCCACCCCUCCCCUUUCCCUUCCUCCUCCUCCUCUACCCGCACCCUCGCGCUCGCCAUCCCCGAAAUCAUGGACGGCCGCAAACCGGAAUGGCAAGCCAAAACCCGGGGACGCGAACCCAACAUGUGCCUCGCCAUCCGCCAGCGAGCAGGGGAAGCGACCGCGGGCGAUAUGGUGAUUGCCGUCAACUCUUUGGUGUUUGCGAGUCAGUGUUCGUAUUGGAACAGGCUGAUCUCUGCUUCGCGCCUUCCUUCCUCCUCCUCCUCCACCACUCCUUCAACGAGUGCCAGCAAGCAGGCUACACCUUCUGAAACUGCCUCCGAGUCUGAAGACGGUUCCGACGCCGACGAAUACGAAUCCCUCGAGCCCUCCCCUUUACCCCCAGUCAUCAAAGACCCCCACGGCUUCCUCCACCUCCCCAUCCUCCCCAUCCUCCUCCCCUCCCCACCCACAUUCCACCUCAUCCACCGCCUCCUCCACCACCCCUCCCUCCCCUGCCUGCCCUCUUUCCUCGGGCUGCCGGACCAUGCGAGCAGGCAGGACAUGUUGAGGCAGUUGGGGGAGAUGGAUGUGCAAGAGUUGAUGGGGAAGGCGGGGGUGUUGCAGGGGGUGUGGAAGAAUCUUUGCGCGCUUGGGGUAGCGCGGGCGAGCGUGUGGAGGCAGUUGGGGGAAGCGUGGAGCUUUGUCACGGGGAUCAUUGCGGGGCAUGGGCUUUUGAUUGUGGGGCAAGUGAGGAGCGAGGGAGGGGGGGCGAAGAGCGGGGCGGAGGAGGUGGCGUGGGAGUGGGUGGGGAUGAUGAGGGAGAGGGAGAGGGUUAAGAAGGAGGAGUGGGCUAGAGGGGCGGCAGCGGGGGGGCAAUAG